GCCAGUCCCACUGCGUCACAACUAGCUGGGCUACUACUACGGGCCUCUCCACCUACGCACGUAGACACAUCCGCUGUCACAUCGCACACUCUGCUACUCGCUAAUAAUGUUACAGCCAGCUACAUUGUAGCUGAGCAGGAAUCCAUCUCACUGCUGCCACCCACUCACUCACCACUCCCACCCUGCCUGACCAGUCCAUAUCUCGAUUGAUUGAUUGACGGAUUGAUUUGCUUGCUGCUUGCUUGCAUCUGUCUGACACCGCAUCGCAGACACAAGGGUUAGCAUCUCGCCAAUCCUCCUCCUCCACCUGUUCAAUCCUCCCACCAUCACCGUUAACCGUGACGACCACAACUGCGAAUCUCCCACUUUUGGCUGCUUGCUGGCCGCGCCCUCAAAACAACUUCCUCGACCUCGCCCGUUACACAUAAUCUUGCAUCCCUUUUCUCCCUCAUCCUCGUUCGCCAAACAUUCUCCAGCUUUGUGGCGUCCUUGCAUACUGUACGAGCCGAACAGUACCGCCAUUUAGCUUUCGAUACUCGAUCUUAUUUCUCUGGUGGCAUCAUUCGACCUGGGCAGCCACUCACCGCAUUCACUUGACGGCCGUCUGAUCCUCCUCUGCCGCCUCCUCCCGUCAAUGAGAUACCAACGUCCCACGACCUGAAAACGAACCAGCGAAAUAAUGCCCUCAUAAUCUGUCCAACCAUCUUGUACUCCAACCACUUUAUCAGUUGUCAAGCUGAAUCCUCAUGGCUCAAGCCAUGGACGCCCAUGCGAGUUUCGUUUUCCUUCUUGAUAACGUGCCCAAGUGGAAAACCACGAUUGACGAAUUAUCAGCCCAUGCCGACCAAAAGCAUGCCGAAUUUGUUGCCGACUACGCUCGUCUGGUGAGUCAAAUCAAACCAAAACGCCGGAGGUCGCCCUCGAUAUCAUCGAUCCGUACAGACGACAACGAACAAAUCGAUUCGCAUGAGGAUGCUAUCCCAAGCAUUGAGAACGCACCCACCCCUCUCAGCCGCGUAGAGAUCAAUCCUCUUGAAGCGGGAAAUAAGUACCUCUACGCACAGGCAAGGAGGAGAAGGAGACCGGGCACUUCGAUCCGCUCGGGGGCUUCAGGGCCUCAAAAGUUCAGGAACAAAAAUCAAGUCGUCGUGUAUUACGAUGCUUAUCUACAGGAACAGCUGGACUCUAUGGUGAAGACCAUCGGGGUCGGUCGAAACAAUCUACGCAAGGGGAAAAACGCUCUCGUUGCGGCCAAGGGGUUUUCUCUUCCUUCCAUAUCUGCGCGGACCAGUAGAGGAUAUCCCUCUCUUGAUAGCAUCCGUGGGACGCCUUCGGUAUCCCGCAGCUCCUCGCCGAUGGUGUCGGAAAAGAAGCCUGCUGGCCCGCCCAGGCCGUCAACACCAGGAGAUGAAACAUCUUUCUUCCUAGUUGACAAAGAGCUAGAGUCGGUGCAGUCCCUCUGUGAGACCGCGGCUCAUCAAUUCCUCCGAGAUGGCGAUUGCAAAACAGAACUUGACACCAUACGUCAAAAGUUUGAUUCGGUGCUUGCCCAGGCUGCUGUGGUGGCGGAAGCCCUCAAGAACUUGCCGCAGCAAAAUCAGCAACGGGCGGACGCUGACCGUGACAACUCAGACAACACCCAUAGCUGUGGGGAAUCGGAGGCCACACUCUCCACCCAGCCAUCCCUCGACAUUCUUCAUACCCCCAAGUUGGGUACUGGCAUGGAACGCAGCCACUUGAUGAUCAGUCAUACGCUGGAAGAUAUGAAGUCUCGUGGAGCAUUCUUCAGUACUCCUGCCGCUUCUGGUGUCAAUAAUGGCAUGGCGGCCGAUAACAUUGAGGUGGACGACGCCAGCGACCAAAGUUCCAUCGUCGUCGACAUCACGCAAUUUCGUAUGACCAACCCAAGGAGGACAAGGGCGUGAGCAGUUGAGUUGAGUAACCAGACAUAUCCGAUUGUGACUGGUCCAACUAUUUUUGUGUUGUUUUUGGUUGCGUUUCAGCGUGUUUAAUUUAUUCCAGCAUGUUUUUUCAGCCUUUAGCGCGGAUUGUUUGAUCUUCGACGUGUGCCGAGGGAACUGCAUGGGGGAGUGAUAGGGUUUAGGCAUGCCUCCACCGCUGGAUUGUGCUGACAUGAGGUUCGGCUUUCUGGUUUGGAUUGAUGCCCGCUUCUUGGUGACCGGGUGUUCACCGGAGUGGGAUCAAAGCAAGGUUGGGUGUAGAGGCCGGUUCAAUAUGUGAAAGUUGCGCAUUGAAGGGAGGGCAGCAAAAUGGGUGGAAUAUGCCUUGCCGUCCUGUUUGGCCAUACGCAGAGCACAGUCUCGUUGCCAGUGAUGGAGCGAUGUGCUGAAGAGGUGAUGGCCACAGUCGGAGCAAAAUGUCCAUCAAGGCAUCUCGGACUGGAGCCAAAGCACACUUUCCGCUAUUGGUCUGAUUCAAGAAUGGUUAGGUGGACAUCUAGCUGGGCUGAAAUAUGUACAAAGAGAUAUGGGCACGAAUUUCCAGAAUGUUACGGCCGUGAUCAGAGUAUGGAUGUACCUAGGAAGCAGGUCGGACUGGGUAUUAGGGACUGGAUGGAUUGAGGUGCAUGGACUGGGAAGGAUAGCUACGUCCACGGCCUAGGCUAUGUCAAGUUCUGGGUUGACAACGGCCAGCUAAUAUCUUAUGAACAUCCGCUGUCUCUUCCACAUGCUAGCAUUGGUCUCUUCAGGAAGUACUGUAGGUGUAACCAGUGGUGGACUGGACGACUUUGAUUGCUCGGCUCUAAUAUUCUAAUCUAGGUUGUCUGGACCUUGC